UCCAAGCAUUUGAUUAAUUACCGAGUUUGAAAGAUGCGGUGAAGUUACUCGGCGUUCAGCGUAAGAGCGUUAAACGUGCUUUUCUUUCAUCUAAUUCUGUUUGCAGCAUCAGACGAAUGGUUAUGCUACAGUACAGAUGUAAGGCGUGCCUUUUGGCAAUUCUACAGCUCGCCGCCAUUUCAGGAACAUUAUCAAGAGCACCGUACUUUAUUGAGGAACCUUCAGAUAUAUAUGUCAGAAAGGGGAGACCAGCAGAACUACAUUGUCGAGUAGGAGGGAAUCCAAAGCCUAGUAUAACAUGGAAAAGAGAUGGCCAUAACUUGGAUUUGUCAAGAGACAGUAGACGGAGGAUUACGUCAAAUGGAUCUUUACAUUUUUCAGAAAUUAUUCACAAUAAGACUCAGAAGCCAGAUGAUGGGGUCUAUCAGUGUGCAGCAUCUUCAAGAAUUCAGAGUUUUGAAUACCAAGUUUUAAGCAGAACUGCUCGUGUUAUUGUUGCUGGUAUUUCCUCCAAGGUGUCUGUCAUUUUCUCACGUACAAGGAAAGUUCCAUCAGGGGAUACAUCCAGAUUUUUUUGUAGUAUAAAACAUUCAGCACCCAAAGCUGUAAUAAGUUGGAGAAAGAAAGGUGAAAAUGGCACAAUUUCAUCUGGAGGACAUUAUACUUUGAUUCCUAAUGGAGCACUGCAAAUAAGGAAUAUUGGAUUUGAGGAACAAGGAGAAUAUGAGUGCAUUGCUGAGAACUUAUUUACCAACAAGAGGCAUACCAGCACAAACACAGGAUAUUUUGAAGUUCUACCAGCUACUGGUUUUUUGCGUCGUCCUCAGUUUGAGGUAAAACCUAAAGAUAGAGUGGCAGUUCUUGGAAGCGAGGUAGUUCUUGAGUGUAUAGCAAAUGGAUUUCCCAAACCGCGAGUUACUUGGCUGAAAAAUGGCUCACCUGUGUUGCUUGGAAAAGACUACACAAUCUUAGGGGAAAGUAACCUUGAGAUUAAGUCUAUUACUGUAGCACAUGCAGGAAAUUACACCUGUCAAGCAAUGGCUAAUGGCCGGAAAGAGGAAGCGUCAGCCAAAUUGGAAGUACAUUAUGCUCCUGUUUUUACCAAGAAACCAAGUGAUGUUCAUGCUCAUAUUAGUUCAGAUGUAAGAUUCAAAUGCACAGCAGAUGGAAUACCCAAACCAAAAAUCACAUGGAGCAAAAAUGGCUUUGAUGUUGAAGGUGAUUACAUUACAGUUGGAGAUGGCUUCCUGUUAGUUGAAGAUGUGGUCUUCUGGGAUGCUGCAGUCUAUCAAUGCUUUGCAGAGAACUAUUUGGGAAAAGUACAAGCCACAGUAGAACUUUUUGUGUACAGGAGAGGAGAACGUCUUCCAACUACUACAGCCCCUCCACCAACAACAACCCAAGCAACUACCAUACCAGCCAGACAACCAACACCUACACCUAAACCAAGAGUACCUGAGAAACCAGAAAAUGUGGUGGCCACUGCUCGUUCAGACACUGAAAUACUACUGACUUGGGAGCCUCCAAAGGCUACCAAUGGAGAGAUUUUGGAGUACAGAAUCUUUUAUAACGUGAUCAACCCAAGUGAUGGUAGCAUUAUUUUCAAAGCUGAGAGCACAUCUGGGAACCAACAUAAAAAGUCACUGCCUGGUCUCCAACCUGAUACAAAGUACCGUUUUGCUCUCUAUGCUAAGAAUGAGGCUGGUGCAGGAGCUAUUUCUGAAGAGGUCACAGUCCAGACAUACCCCAGUUCUCAAGUCCCAGGAAAACCUCAAAAGUUAGUGGCUGAAGCGGAAUCUGACUCUUCCAUUAGGGUCACAUGGUCAGAGCCAGAUACAGGGCCCAACUCAGUACUCAGAUACCACAUUAAAUACCAGGAAGCUGGCACUCAUGGAGUAAUGGAGGAGUUCACAAAGAAACAAACAAGGGUCCUGCGUGGCCUUAAAAUCUACACCAAAUAUAUCAUCCAGGUUUAUGCAAUGAAUAAGCGAGGAAUGACAGGUGCCAUUGCAGUGACAGAAGCAACUACUAAAGGAGGAGUUCCAAGAGUACCACCAACAGACUUUUUACUAAAGCCUGACAGUACAGGAAGAGGAUUGAUAGCGACGUGGAAGGCUCCUGACCCAACCAAAGUGAAUGGAAGAGUAUCCUUUUACAAGAUUAUAUUCAGAAGAGUUGGAAGCAAAGUGGAAAACACAACUGAAGAUAUUCCAGCUGAUAAAGAGAGCUACACCAUUGAAGGGUUAAUGCCAAGAACCAAAUAUGAAGCCAUAAUAGCAGCGGGUACUGAUUCUGGUAUAGGACAAUACACUUAUGAUUGGGUGCAGGCAAGCACUAAUGUCAGUAAAUGUGAAGAAAACACAACACCAGGGAGACCAUCAUUUAAACAGCUUAAGGUAUCGUCCACUACUAUUUCGGUUAGCUGGAAGCCGCCGCACAAUGCUGGCUUGGUCUGCGUUUCAAACUACAAACUGAAAUGGGGAGAAAAUGCCCCAUUCCAAUGUGGUCCACAUGUAUUGAAGGGUGACCAAACGGAGUAUGUCAUCACGGGACUGAAGCCCAACAAGAAGUAUGUGAUUUUACUCACUGCAGUCAACAGCAAUGGCAAUGGUUUAGAUGUCCAAGAGGAUGUGCAAACAUUAUCUGAAAUAGAUGAUGCGAAGCCGGUGACAAGUUUAAAAGCGGUCUCUUCAGAUCCUAGAGAAAUGAAGUUGUCGUGGCAAGAUGAACAAGGAUCCAGUUCUGUGCCCGUAAUUUAUCAUGUUUACCACUCUCGCCAUAAUAAACUGAUAUAUUGCGGAAAUACGACGGAGAGAUCAACAAAAUGCUCCCAUUUGAAGCCCUGUACAAAGUACACCUUUUAUGUGAGGCGAAAUGGUGAGAAAGUAAAUGCCACUAUCAGCAAUCUUACUGCGGAGGCUAAACCCGGACCGCCAACUGACUUGACUGGAAGUCCAGAUGAAAAGAACUUCACCCAAAUGGCGUUACAAUGGCAGCCGCCGAGGGAACCAAAUGGCAACAUCACCAAAUACCGUAUCUAUUAUACCACCGAUCCUAAUGCUCCUGUUAAGGACUGGAAAUUUGUAGAGGCCGACGGAUCCAAACUUACAAAGGAAAUCACAGGCUUAAAACUAGGAACAACUUAUUACUUUGAAAUGUAGGCACGGACCAGAAAAGGAUGGGGACGUCAUUCAAAAAGGCAAAAUGCAUCCACGUUGUCAAAAAGCUUGAAAACAGAUCCCUCAGUAGCCACAGCGUCCACGUCGCCCUCUGCACCGGACAGUGCUGCUGUAGUUGGACAAGGAAAACUCAAAAACAAGACAUUGUGGAUCGUUAUCGCCGCUGUAGCAGGCAUCACACUUAUCGCUAUUAUUAUUAUUAGUGUUAUACUCUGUAAGAAGAGAUCAGGAGAUGACAUUCGGAGAAAACCUCCAACAUACAAGUCAGUUAUUCAAUCGAAUGGUUCAACAAAGAAGAAGAACAAGGAAGAAAAACCACCAGAUCUAUGGAUCAAUCACACAGACAACCUUGAAAUGAAACCAGUUCAUCCUGUGGAUCCUGCUCCAGAUGUUACCAACAUCACUCCGUCCAUUCCAAGGAGCACUGGGGAAAUGAAACCGCUGGAUGACUCUCCUCUGGACCACAUCAAAAUAGAUCAAGACAGGAGCUCUUUUCUGAAUGGCAGUGAGGCGGAUUGCGAGGAGUUUGAUGACCUUCCCCCUCCUCCAAAGAUGGACAGCGCGGGAAAUCCCUACGUUGAAUAUCCCGAGGACAGCAGAACCUCUACACCUCCCCCUUCGUCCGGAAUGUCACCCCUCUAUCCCCCCCUCAGAUCAUCCACACCAGAUAAUGUCUACCAGCCCAUGUAUCAAAAAGCAAGUACACCUCGUUAUCAGAUGCACCUGCCACGGACUGGCUCAUGCGAGAACAACAGUCUUGAUAUAAUGGAUCCACGUCCACCGCAGAGAUCCAGAUCGUACGACACAGACUUCAGAGCUCCAAGUGCUAAGGUACCAGUUUUUCCAAUGCUUCACUCGUCUCCUCCGCCAACAGCACCAAAAACCAAAGCCAAACCUCCCGUGGCUCCAGCGGAUGACAUACAGUUACCUCCGGUUGGUUUUAACCGAAGGACGCCUCCGAAUGGAUACUGGACUCCACCACCGAAAUAUGAAGACAUCUUCGCGCGCAGAUCAAACCCGCCACCGAGUCGGCCAUCAUCGCCGCCCAGAGAUCAGGCUCCCGAGGUAUCGGAACUUGACAAAGAAAUAGCAGGACUUGAAGGACUCAUGAGAGACUUGAACGAAAUUACUGCUGGUGAUUACCAAAUUUAACAUGAUGUUCUUAGGAUUAGAAGAGCUUGAAUAGUAGAGAAUGUAGCAGAAUUGCAAUAGGAUCAUUCCUAGUGAUGCAGUAUACACAUUCGGUCCACAUGUGCAAGCAUCAGUGUAAGGUCGGUGAAAAGAGUGGCUCUCACAUCGGGAGUUAUCAGGCCUUCCACGUAAUCUGACGACAGAAAGACACUGAAUCCCAUAAACGACAGAGAUUAAAUAGCAUUUCCCAUUUAUAAACAAAGAAAGUAAAUUUAUGUAUCUAUGUAUCUACGUAUUUUCAGCCCACUAAUUAUGAUCCAGGCUCUUAGUUGUCACUUGAAACAGUAUCCUACCUGGUCAUCAAAAGAAAUCGUGCAAAAUAUAGUGAACUUUUGUAAUUUUGUGUCAAAGUUUGGGAUUUGAUUCAUUUAACGUGAAAUGAGAUUAUAUUUCUAUAUUAAUAUGUUUUUGUGUACGUAUGGGGACAUAAAUCCAAUAUACUUUUCUGAAAGUCAACUCUGUAUUUUGUUCAUAGAAGAAGUAACACUUGAGGACUUCUUCAAAGAGUAGCUUUUCAUUUCAAAGCACUUUUGUCUUGACCACUAAAAUCUCGGAUUUCCAGAUGUAAUUAACCUGGUAAUACUCGUAAGUGCAUCAGUGGAGCAAUCCUCAAUCGAAUAUCUCAAGUAGUGCGGUAUUGCUUUGGUAUUGCUUUACCUCAUUAGGCGAUUGGUCCAGAAAACUCUUGCCGUUUUUUCAACCAAUCGUAUUCAAAACUUAAACCAAACGCGACUUUGAUCAGUCAUGAUUUCCCGCGCUAGGAGCUAUUUGCGUUUUUUCACUCCGAGUUCUCCUUGGCUACUCACGAAAGUUUUUCCUUGCAACUGAUUGGAUGUUGUGAUUAGUUGGGCUUUAGUUGUUCACACUCAAUGGAAAAGCGCUCCGUAUCCCCAUUCAAACGAGGGACAAAGAGCAAACUUGACAACCUCGUUGCUUCAUUAUGUUAUUUUGAUGUAACACCGAAUACUCCGGGUUAAGUUACAAAGAAAUGUAUACCAGCAAGUAAAAUUAUGAAUCAAAUAUCAGUACUGUCAGAUUUAAUCAAUUAUCGAAACCUACGAUUUUGAAAAAAGUAUACUUAAAUACGGCGAGAUAGUUAGAGAGUUGAGAUGACUUAGCAACGUGGUGCUGCAGUUGAUUUUACCAUUUGUUCAAACGGGUGUCGGUACUUUUGUAAAUAACGUUCCAGAGAGAUAAGAGAACACGGUGAUACCUCUGAAAAAGUAAUUUAUAGAAUAUGUUUUACGCUACCCUAGCGUUUUCUCGGUGGAUCAAAUUGUAUAGCAGUGAUUUAUCAUAUAGUGAAGAACGAGAAGUGUGGGUGAAAUGCUGAGAGGAUUAGAUGAGUUUUGUAGUAAAAAAAACAAAACAAAAAAAACCGGAAGUGCAUGAAUCAAACUGAGUUUUCAAGUUCUGUCAAAGUUAUUUCGUAACGUAGAUAGUAAGAGGUUUUUGUAUUUUUGUAUCUAUAAAUAAAUAUUUUUGGUAGGCUAGUCAGUUACUAAUACGAGUUUGCCAAGCUAUACAUAACACAUAUAUUAAAGUUUGCAUGUGUUACGUUCGACGCCUGAACCUCUACACAUCAGAAUAAGAAACUUGUAUGAAACAAAACAAAACUGAAUAAAACUUUUAGGUAUUUGUAUUGA